UUUUAUAUUUUUGUUUAGAGAAACCAGAGAUUUCCGAUCCGAGACUGUGGGUUCGAGUACAAGGUUUACAUCAAAUGAUUGGCCCACCCUGAGUAACAUCAUAUUUGUAACGUAUGCAUUUAAUUACUAGAGGUCUAUAAUAAAUGGCAGUACGAACUCGUGACUCGGACAAAGAAGGUAAGCACAGAACUGCCAAGAAAGAUGAUUAUUUAAGUUAUUCUCCUAUGAAGUCUAGAGAUGAGUUGCUACAGAAAAAACAUGCAGUUUUCUUCAAGAGAGUACUACAAGUUUUACCAUCACAACAGCUGGAUACUCACAGAGUGUCUGUGGCUUUUUUUGCCAUUUCUGGACUAGAUGUACUCGAAUCCCUAAGUGAUAUAGAGGAUAAACAAAAUAAUAUUAUUCAAUGGAUUUACAGUUUACAAAUACAGCCAGACUCUGCUGGAAGCAAUUAUAAACAAUGUGGAUUUCGUGGAUGUUCUAUGCUUGGUCAUUUAUAUGACACUGAAAAGGCACGAGAACAAGUGAUACCAUGGGAUAGCAGCAACAUAGCAAUGACAUAUACAUCACUGGUAUCUUUACUUAUACUGGGAGAUGACUUGUCUCAAGUUCACAAAAAGGCUGUGAUAGCAGGAGUUCGAUCUUUACAACAAUCUGAUGGCAGUUUCAUAUCUGUUCUGGAAGGCAGUGAAUAUGACAUGAGAUUUGUGUACUGUGCCAGCUGUGUGUGCUACAUAUUGGAUGAUUGGAGUGGCAUGGAUGUAGAUAAAGCUGUAUCAUAUAUUGUCCAUAGUCUUUCUUACGAAGGAGCUUUCGGCCAACGCCCUUUCAAUGAAGCUCAUGGUGGUUCAACAUUUUGUGCAGUAGCAUCUUUGGUACUCAUGGAUCGACUGCAUUCUGCACUGACAGAAACUCAGCUGUCUAGACUUAAAAGGUGGCUGUUGAGACGCCAGGAAACAGGUUUUACUGGCAGACCCAAUAAACCUGCUGAUACAUGCUACUCAUUUUGGGUGGGAGCAACAUUACAGAUGUUGGGAGUGCUUGACUUGUCCAAUGUCACAUUCAACAGAUCUUUUGUAUUAAGUACACAGUCACAGAUAACGGGAGGAUUUUCUAAGUACCCUGAUCAUAUCCCUGAUCCCUUACAUACAUAUCUAGGACUAUGUGGGCUGUCAUUAAUAGGAGAGCCUGGACUUAGUCCCAUUUACCCUGCCUUGAAUAUGUCACAGAGAGCUUUUGAUCACUUGUCAAACCUCCAUAGACAGUGGAGAGAAGGACCUGACCAUUGAUUCCAACUUAUUCAUAGUUUCUCUAAACACUUCUAUCAAGACCGUACUUUGGGAUGCUCAAUGUUAUACAAAUAUGAAUAACAUUUUUAUUUACAGUUAAUUAACUGUAAAUUGUAGGUGCUUGUACAAUUGAAAAAUUGAUUUUGUCAAAGAAAAUUUAAGUCUAAUUUUGGCUUAUCAUCCAUAAUUCUUUUUAUAAUAAUCAUAAGUUCUAAUAAAAAGUAUUUACUAAUUUGUAUUUUUUUUUAUACAGAUCGUAGCUAGGUAAUUAGCUUAUUCUGUUUGUUACACACAACAGAUUUGUAUUAAUUUACUUGAUGUUAAGUCAAAUAUUGUUAUGCAGAAAUCCAAUGUCACAUUUAAAACUGCUUUAACUUAAUCAAUUAACUUUGAUGCAAGUAAAUUUUUAUUUUCUUUGUUUAAAUGAGAGUAAUGAAAAAUGUGCGCUGAAAAAAGUAAUAAGCAUGUUUUUGCUUUCAAUAAAUGUGUGUGAAUUUUAUUCAUCAACGAAUUACAAUAGAACUUUAGAUCAAUUUGUUUUUAAAAUUAGUCUAAUUGUUUAAAUAUUAAUGUUGAAAAAAAAUAUAACAUCUACUAGUUAUUUUACCAUUGAAGGUGAAAUAAUAUUCAAAACCACUGUUUUAAACUAAGAUCAGAUAUAUUUUGUUACAAAGGUUGACAUUUUCAGAAACUGAUUCUAAUCAUAGAAAAUGUUACAUUUAGAUCAUUUUUGUAUUACUAUGAAUAUAACUAUAGCUUCUACUACCAAAAACUUUAAAACUUCUUGUACCAUAUUCUAAUGAUUUCUUACACAUCCUUAACCUUGAUUUUCUAAAAUUGCUUUCACUUUAACAUUGUAUUGUGUUUUUUAGUUUGUUAAACUGGAUUCUGCUUGUAGGCUUUUGAUUUCCAUAUUUUGUUAAUCUUGUGAUAAGAUUUUAUAUUUGUUGUUGUAAAAAAAAUUAAAACUAACAAUCUGAAUGGAUAGGAAAAUAUUGUAAGUGCAGAUUUAUAGCCUAUUUUAUUGUUUUUUAAAACAUCCUACUUCAAAUGUAUCGGUCAUUAAAGGUUAACAACUAUUUAUACAUUCAUGCCCAAUGUAUUGUGAAACCUGCAUUCAGUUAGUGGUCUUCAACUUCAACGAAUAAGAUUAAAAGAUGAACAGAUUCACAGUUAGCUUUAAAAUUAAUCUCUUAAAUUAUUUUUUUUCUAGUCAGAGCUGUAUGCUUUGUAAUAUAGUAAUUUUGUUUUGAUAUCUACUCCAAAACUUAAAUUACUUUUUUUUUAAUCAUUUUUUGUCAUAAUUUUUAUUACCUAAAGAAUAUUGCUAUCCUAUUUCUGUUUCAACUAAUUUGUCCAAUGUGGUAAACAUCCUUAUUUAAAUAAAUGUGGUUGCAGAAAUAAAUAAAUGGAUUACAUUCCAUGAAGGGUAUGGUCUUUGAGAUUGUGAGAAUAACAUGCAAUUGUCUUCAAGUGCUAUGUACUGUAAAGUAGAAUUAAAUAAUAACUAAUUUAAGUAAAUGUAAGGAGUUAUUUCUUUUCAUUUAGUAAUGUUUUGUGAGAAAGGUGUUAGAAACAGAAAGGCACAUACAAAUUUAUAUAAUAUUAUUUUUAUUAGUAAAUUCCUAGAGAAAAAAAUUUAAACUAAAUUUCAGCUGGUUAAAAUUGGUCAACCAUUACUAAAGAUUUUUAUCAAGUAUUAGUUUUACUUGUUAUUGAAUAUGAAUUCUUUAUUAAGUUAAGAAAAUUUUAUUUCUUUAUGUAAGAUGUAAAAACUAGAUGUCUCAGAUAUUUAAUAGUUCACAUCCAUGAAACAUUUCAUAUUGCUAAUGUUUUGUGGCAGUAAAAUGUAUGGUUUUAAAACUUAUUUAGGUAAAUUAACUUUGAAAUAUUUUUUAAAGCAACUAUCUAAACAUUUUGAAUAAAAAAAACUUUUAU